AUUUUACCUGCAACAUUUUAAAAUUACUCCAACUACAAAGAGGCCAAUUCCGAGUAUGUACAUGAAAACACUCUUCAGAAAGGACACUGUAGUUAACCACCCCCAAUAAAAUAAAUUCAUGCAAUAUAACAAUUGCUUAGUACUUAUAAACUAGAUAGUUUAACAAAUGGCUUAACAGUAUAUUCAGUGUACCCUUCCAACAGUACUGAAGAUGCUAUUAACACACUGGGGAUGGGAGAAUAAACAGGCCUGAUUAAAGCACCUGUUGCAAUGUGAUAUUUCCCAGUUUCAGCUACCAAGGCUAUUUUCAAAUGAUUACGAGGUACAUGUACAUGGGUACAUGUAAAGAGAAUUGUAACUGGUGUUUUUGUAUAGUCACAAAUCCAUUAUUGUAGUUGCAAAUGCCCUGAUCCACUAUGUUUAACAUGCUGGACAAGAAACAAUAAAUGUACUCCCUUUAGUCUACCCAGAUACAUUAAUGAUCUAUUCUUAAAUAGAUUACUAUGACACAAGCAAUAACACAGGGAAACAUAAGUAUUUCAGAACUUAUUUCCACACUUGCAUUACUGUAAUGCAUUACACCUGCUCUCACACACACCUAAGUACAUGGCAUUACAGUCACCAAUAUUGUGGUCAAUACGGAUCACAACUGGUCUUUUACAACUGCUUUCAUGCUACCUUCACAUAUUGUAUUCAUAUGAACUGCCAAUCGAUAUAUUCACACCUUUUACGCCAGAUCACAUAUCCAUAACAAUAUUAAUUUCUCAGCAGUAAAAAACAAUACUCCUUCACUGCUUUAAACGCUUAGUGCCAUAACUAGAGACAAAACUACUUUUUGUUCUCUCCUCCUCAGACUUCCACUUCAUAAAGUCUAAAACAAAAGCAUCGAUGAAAGAAUUGCAUUCAGAUUCAACUACUGCCAAGCACACAGCAGGAGUAAAAAACCUGCACUGUUAGAUACCCUCACGAGUUACUGGUGUGAUUUUAAUCGUUUAAAUUUGCAGCAAUUUAACCUAUACUUAAUGUAGCAGACAGUAAGCUUACAGUUAAUGUGAAAUGCGUCUUUUUCAGGGUUUCAAAUAAGCACAUGUUCUAUUGACCAACAAAAACAAGAUCUAAUGGCCACUGGUCAGGCAAGUACGUAAUAAUAAUAAUGGACGAUAUUAAUUUAAGUAGGCAGUGUACACUUAACUUACCGUCCUUCGUUUGAAAUUCACUAAUUUCUUUUACCAUCUCAACCAUGUGCUCCUGCUCAACAUGUAGGCGCAACUUAGCCAAAAAAUUGCAUUUAAAGCUGCAGUCACUUUUUGAGCACUUUAUCGUACCUUCUUCACCUGGCUGAAUUUUAUGCACAUUUCUCAAAUGAGCAUUCAAAUGCUUCCUUGCUGAAUAUUCUCUAUCACAUACAUAACACGCUACAGAACCAGCCAUUCCAACGAAAUAACUCGCUCUCACAAGGUGCACUGUUGCAAGGAUAUUCGCUCACAUCAACUGUGAAUACGAGAAUAGGUUCGUACGAGCAGUUGCCAGCGGACUCGUGCGCAUGCGCAGAGCUGAAUUCGUGUACGAGCAGCGCUUUCUCCCGCUUUGUGGCUACUCGAAGUAGGGCUGUUUGGUGCACGAGCAGUGGCAGCAAGCUGCCAGACGCUACCCGGAAAAAUGUUUCUGGCGCAGCCAAGCUGCCAGAAUCGCGCAUGCGCAGAGCUGUGAGAGUUGGAGUGGGGGGCAGACUCCACGUGUGUGCGUGCGUGUUCACUGUCCAUUCCCUUGCAAGCUAUUGUGGCGAUAGGUCUGCUCUCUUGCUGUUACGCUUCAUCAUCGUGAAUUGUAAGGUAAGCAUUUUAUUUAUUUAUUCUCAUAUGAAGUCACCUUUACUAGGAGUGUGAAGGACUUGGUUGAAACGUGAAAUAUAUUGAUACUGUUUAUUCCAGAUGUCCAGCGAAUCUGAGACAGAUUUUCUGUGGAGCGACGAGGAGCUGGAAAUGUUGCAACCUCAAAAAAGACAGAGGAUUGAAAAUUAUGUGGAGGAUGUGGUGCCACAAUAUAAUGACAGGGAAUUUGUAGAGCAUUUUCGGGUGCUGUGUCACGUGGCAGAUGACCUUUGCGAAAUGUUUAGGAAUUCCAGAUUCUACAAUUAUCAGGCAGGGGGAAAUGGGAAACUGCUCCCACUGCAGCAUAUAUUGAUCUUUUUGUGGUUCGCGGGCCACGAAGCUGCAGGUUUCAGGGAUGUAGCAGAUAGAUUUAACAUUUGUAUUUCUUCUCUGCGAUGCGUUAUUCAGAGAGUUACAAACUUUAUUAGUGAUUUGGGAAGAGAGGUUAUAAAGUGGCCGUCCGCCGAAGAAAGAGCAGAGAUUGAGGCUCAUUUCCGGGGAAAUGGAUUGCCUGGUGCGAUUGGGGCAAUCGACGGUUCCCACAUUAGGAUUGAUAGACCUCAGAAAGAUCCCAAGUCCUAUAUGAAUAGGAAGAAUUAUUUUUCUAUUCAGCUUCAAGUAGUUUGUGAUCAAAAUCGAUGGAUUAGGGACUUAUUCGUCGGCUAUCCGGGCUCGUUACACGACGGGAGGGUUUUCAGGACGUCCACACUCUACCACACACUCGAAGAAAAGUGUGGAGAUUUUCAUAUUCUGGGUGACAGUGCCUAUCCCUGCACCAGAAAUUUAUUGACACCCUUUAGAAAUACAGGGAAUUUGUCCAGAGUGCAAUGUGAAUUCAAUAGGGCACUCUCAAAAAACAGGUGCGUUGUGGAACAUUGCUUUGGCCUGUUGAAGCAGCGUUUCAGACAGUUGUAUCAUCUGAAAUUGAGGAGUGCUAGAGAGAUGGCGCACUUCAUCCGAGCGUGCUGUGUGCUACACAAUCUCGCCGUGGAAGAUAACUUGGAGUUAGAAGAUAACGAAGGUGAAGAAGAUGAUGCACCGGCUGAAGAACGAGUAGUCUGCUUCUACAACAGGGAUGACAGAAGUGGCAUUGCAAAGAGAAAUAUGAUUGCAGCACAGUUGCAAAUGUAAAAGCAGCACCAGAUGCCCAUCACCAACAUAUUACAACAAAUAUCAUACCAAUGAUGUGGAUGUUAGGAUGUAUUGUCACGGACUACAAGCAGGAGAUCAAGGUGAAGGAAGUCAACUGCAGGCCAUGGAGGAAGAAUAAAGGGCUGUCCAAGAAUAAUCAACAGCUGAGGCAUAUAAAGGGAAGUUUUUUUAUUUUUAAUAUAGACCAUAUUAGUUUUUGAGCUUUAAUUGCAUUUGUCUCUUGCCAAGUGAGAUUGGUCGGUUAUUUGACAGCAUUUCUGUUUCUUGUGGAGAGGUAUAACUUCAGCAUAUUUAAGCCAGCCUGGGAAUGUUCCUGUAAUAAGUGAUUGAUUACACAAAUAACUUUAGAUAUGACUAAGCUCACAUGAACACUCGUUUAUUAACUCUGUUGAUGUGUUAUUGUAACCACUAGAAUGGUUUAAUUUCAAGGACAUUGAUACUAUUUCUUUGGGUGAAGUGUAAAUUUCAUUUCACUGAGAUUGCUUGUGUACACUGGUCUCAGAUAUUCCAUUGUUUAUCAGGGUUUCAUUUACUUUUUGAGCUACUUGUUCCUCCUCAUUUCUCGUCCUACCUGUCUCUGAUUUAACUGUAUCCCAUAUUGUUUUUAUUUUAUUGCUGGAUGUACUUAUCUUCUUCUCAUAAUGCUGGUGUUUAGAUUUCUGGAUAACCUUCUUCGAUGUUUUGCAGUAAAUUUUGUAAUGAGCUGUAAGGCUAAUAACCCAUUUACUACUGGUUUUGUGAUGUGGCUUACUUGCCUAGAAUUGGCUAUAAAUAUAUUGUCAGUGGCUGUCUUAGCACAUUUGUAUACCCUAGUUGGGAAAUUUACAGUAGAAAUUAAAUUGAAUGUCAAUGUAACUGAUUUCAGUGUUUUUCAGGACAUGUAUAUUAAAAUCACCAGCAACCACUAGUUCUUUGUGAGUUUUUUUUAGAUGUGUGAUCAUUAGCUACAAUGUUAGGAAGAGUGCCUGGGACUCACUAGGACAUGUCACCCAUAAACUAACUUACAUGACUAAUUACACAAUGUUAUGGAUUUACAUUUACUCACACCAAAAUUAGUUGAUGCAGUAGUUUUUUGAGUUUAUUAUAAAUGAUUUUACAAACCACAUAUGUCGUAUUGUGUUCAUCAUUUCUUCAAAUUGCGUGCUUUGUCCUGUUUCCUUACUAAAGUCCUUAUGAGCUCAACAUCUUGUCAUGCAAAUGAUAGGGUGUUGGCUCAUUGUUUUUACAGGUUGAAGCUGAGGGCAUCAGAUGUCGCGUCUGAAGAGCAAUGGAGGAGUAGUGAUUAUGAACUGUAAUUUUGAACUGUGCAUUUGGUGAUUAUAGUUUCAGUGUAAUUGUGACUUGUCUUUGUGUUUGUAGUUAAAUUGUAAUUGUGAACUGUGCAU